AUGCCUGAGAAGCUAAAGGCUCUGGUUGAGAAGCAGAAAAACAUGGAGGAAGAAAUGGAGGCCCUUGCUGACUAUCUCAACCAACCGGGAAUGCCCGGAUUGACUGGCAGGCUGGUCGACGAUGAGGGUUUCCCGCGUGCAGAUAUAGACAUUUAUGCCAUUCGUGGCGCCCGCAACCGGUUGGCUGUCCUCAAGACCGACUACAAAGAGAUUUGUUCCCAGAUCGAGAAGGAGCUCUUUGCCGUGCACGCCCAAGGCGCAGUGGCGGUGCCCCGCACGGGCUCUGCUCGCUCCAGAGACGCUUUGCAUGCGGCAUCGGCGUCCACUGAUUCAAGUGCUGCUUUGGAGACCUGUCCCUUCACUCCGUUCGCUAAGAUCAGUGAGCUACAUGAGAACAGUCCAGCGUCGAAAGCUGGUCUCCGUUUGGAUGAUCUCGUUCUUCAGCUUGGUUCAAUCUUCAUUCACAAGGAAAGCCUGCCACGGUUGUCGGAGGCAGGUAAUGCACAGGCUGCCGCUUAUCCGGGAGGAGAUACACCCGGCUGUACUAGCGUGGAGCAGGUCUUCGAGAAGCUUCCACAGGAAGUGGGGAACCACGUAGGGCAAGAAAUCAGUAUAACUGUCUUCCGAAAUAAUGCGAUGGUAAACCUGAAGCUUAUUCCUCAAACGUGGGAAGGUAUGGGACUCGUGGGAUGCCGCUUCACGCCCGUAAAACAAGGGAUGUUGUAA